UGAGGGCUUGGGAAGAUAACUCUAACAAUUUUUUUCCUGAUGCAACCUAAGAAAAACAUAUUGCUCGUAUUUCGUAUGGAAAAAUAAAUAUCUUAUUAAUAUCAGACAGUAAAUUAUUCAAAAAUGGCUAAAGAUAAUAUGGAAAAAGACAAAAUUCUGACAUACUUUAGUCAAGUUAUUAAAGAAGACCCUGAUAUAUCAGCUGCUGUGGCUGCCAUAAAAACAUUGUUAAUGUUUAUAGAACUCAAUAAAUUGGAGACAUUAUCAGAGAUGCGAUAUAGAUUAAAAGAUGCUAUAUCAACAUUAACAGAAACAGACAGUAGUUAUACAUCUAUAGCCAGUGGUUGUGAUCUAUUCUUACGUUUUAUAACAUUAACUAAUUUACAACAUUCUGAUUUUCAAGAAAUCCAGAAGAUUCUUGUAAAAAGAGGAAAGAUAUUUUUGGAAAGAAUCUCAAAUUCUCGACAGAAGAUCGCUAAAAUUGCCAAUCCUUUUAUAACAGAUGGAACUACUAUUUUGACUCACUCAAAAUCACGAGUUGUUCUUCAAGUUUUAAAAGAAGCUAGUCUAACACGAAAGAGAUUUAAAGUUUUUGUUACAGAGUCACUACCAGAUAAAUCAGGUAUUGAAACGUGUAAUGAACUAACAGCUCUAGGUAUUCCAAAUACUUUAAUAUUAGACGCAUCAGUUGGGUAUGUUAUGGAGAGUGUAGAUUUAAUACUAGUUGGAGCAGAAGGUGUGGUUGAAAGUGGUGGUAUUAUUAAUAAGAUUGGAACUUUUACUUCAGCUAUAUCAGCUAAAGCUAUGAAUAAACCAUUCUAUGUUGUAGCAGAAAGUUUUAAAUUUGUUCGUCUCUACCCUUUAAAUCAAAAAGAUUUGCCAUCAGAAUAUAAAUAUCCAUCAGCGGUAUUAAAAUCAGGAUGUGAUUUGGAACAAGUUCAUCCAUUGGUUGAUUAUACCCCACCAUCUUAUAUAUCAUUAUUAUUUACUGAUUUAGGUGUUUUAACUCCAUCAGCUGUUAGUGAUGAACUGAUUCAGUUAUAUCAAUAGACUAUUUAUAAACCAAAACUCACUCACAGAUCGAGAGUUGGGGAAGAAAAGAUGAUAUUUAUUAAAGGAGUACUUGAUUAGGGUUGGGAAAAACAUAGUCUUUGAUUUGAUUCAUACACAUCUUUAGUGGUUUUCAAGGAGUAAACAUGCUCUGGUUAAAACAUACCAUACUAGGUUAGAGCUUGUACUUUUGAUAUUAUUCAAAACAGAUUAGGUUGAGAAUGAUAAGGCAGUAAAAGAAUGGGCAUUUGUUACCUUAAAACUCAUUUAAUCAUGAAUUGUUCAACAAAUGAUUAUUAAAGACAAGAACCAAAUAGUUGUUCUUAUUUUUAUUAAAGGAGUUAUAUCUUUU